AUGUCCGGACCUGUGGUGGCCGAUGGCAUAUGGAAUGAUUCCUCUUUGCUAGUCGGUCGGUCCAGCAUCACAUCAUUUGGCCCUGCUACUUCCACAGGUUUCGACUUCACGCCGCUUUUCGAAGAUGCGAUCUUCUCUUUAUUACCAUCGGCACUCCUCUUGCUCAUUCUACCAUAUCGCAUCAUCACCCUCUAUGGUCAACGACAAAAAGUAUCCUCGGGAGGGUUUUUACGCGAGAGCAAAUCCAUCUUUUUGGCCACAUUCGCGACAAUCCACUUAGCGCUUUUGAUUCUGCAUAUAUUGAAUUCAUCAUUACGCACGGUUGCUACUAUUGCCGCGUCGGCGCUGGCUUUCAUUGCCAGUCUAGGUCUCUGUUUGCUCUCGCGGCUUGAGCAUUCUCGCUCCAUUCGUCCAUCACCCAUCAUCAACAGCUAUAUACUCCUCACUUUGGUCUUUGACAUUGCUCGCGUGCGAACUUUGUUCCUUAACUCUGACAGUGGGUCUAUCGCUGGGCUGUUCUCCAGCAUGAUCGGCGUGAAAGUGAUGGUUCUGCUUGCUGAAGCAGUUGAAAAGCGAAAGAUGCUCUUGGCGCCAUAUCGUGACUUGUCGCCCGAGGAAACGAGCGGAAUAUACAGUAAAUCCUUCUUCUUCUGGCUGAACCAACUCAUGACUUCUGGAUUUCAACGCGUCCUUCAAAAUGAUGAUUUGUACCCAAUCGUUGGUGAAAUGUCCUCAUCGGCUCUUCAGCAGCGAAUGAAGAAUGCGUGGAAUGCGGCGGCACAAGAUAAGCGAAGAGCUUUUUUCUGGGCAGUAUUGCGUGCGAAUCUGAAGCCAUUUCUGUACUGCGUCAUUCCACGUUUGAUGCAGAUUGGCUUCAAAUAUACCCAGCCUUUGCUGCUCACGCGGACGGUUGACUUUGCUAAUGAUGCGUCCCAGCCAGACAGUAUUGGUUGGGGUCUCACGGGCGCUUUCUUCAUAGUUCUUCUUGGUAUCGCGCUUUCAAACGGCUUCUUCUACCACAUGACCUUUCGCUUCGUGACGAGUGUUCGUGGCAGCUUGAUCAGCAUCAUCUACUCCAAAACGGUCGACCUCAGCGUCACAGCCCUCGAUGAAUCAGUUGCGGUGACCCUAAUGUCCAGUGAUGUUCAAUCCAUUUGCGAUGGAUUUCAAUUGAUCAAUGACCUCUGGGGAGUACCCCUUGAGCUAGUCAUCGUGAUUUAUCUCUUGAGUCGCCAAAUUGGCGUUGCAGCAGUUGUGCCAGUAUUUUUCUCAGUCAUAUCCACUGUGGCUAUCAUGUCUAUGGCAAAGUUCAUGGGGCAUGCCCAAAAAAUAUGGAUGGAGAGCAUACAAACGCGAGUUGAUGUGACGGCAACCAUGUUAGGGUCAAUGAAGUCCGUCAAGAUGCUUGGAUUUUCUGAUUGGCUCGCCGGUAUUGUCCAAGGGCUCAGGGUAAGCGAGCUGCAGGAGGCAAACCUCUUCCGCAAGUUGCUUGUUUUGCGUGUUUUUCUUGGAAACAGCCUCAGAUUCCUUGCUCCACCUGUGACAUUUGCCAUCUAUACGGCGGUCGCGGACAAAGAAGGCUCCUUGGAUUGGACUUCGGCUUACACGACCUUGUCACUUAUUUCGCUACUAGCCUCGCCUGUCAACACAUUGAUCAGAGCAAUACCCUCUAUGAACACUGCUUUAGCGUCACUCGGUCGUAUCCAGGAGUUUCUUCAAUCAGAGGGCAGACGUGAUCAUCGCAUACUCUUGGAAGAUUUUCCAGUCCCAGCACGACAGAUCAAGUCAAGCACGGAAGGACUAGAGCUCACCGACCUCAGCCCCUUGAGGCACAGGCUAGCGUCAGACGUGAUUACUGCCCGAGAUGUGAGCUUCGCGUGGAGCCGUCACGCAACCUUCGCGGUCCACAACGUCAAUUUAAGCGUUCAAAAAGGACAAUUUUGUUUCAUUAUCGGAUCGACUGGUUGUGGCAAGAGUACUAUGAUGAAAGGGAUUCUAGGCGAGACGCCAUCGACCAAAGGCUUCCUAUACACAACAUACCGAGACACGGCGUUCGUAGAUCAGACACCGUGGAUUCGCAACACUUCAUUCAAGGAUAAUAUUUUGGGCGCCUCGAACUAUAACGAGAUAUGGUAUCAUGAAGUCGUCAGCGCCUGUGGUUUGGAUCAAGAUGUUGCGAAUCUCCCAAAUGGUCACUCGACAAAGGUUGGUUCCUCCGGAAUUUCUCUGUCUGGGGGACAAAAGCAGCGACUGGCCCUAGCUCGUGCCAUUUAUGCAUGCAAAGAUGUUAUUCUACUAGAUGACAUAUUCUCGGGCCUUGACGCUGACACUGAAGAGCACGUCUUCAAAGCGCUUUUUGCAAGGAACGGACUGUUCCGCCGACUGGACACGACUGUCAUACUAGCUACGCACGCUGUACGCCGACUCUCCUACGCAGAUCAUAUCGUGGCUUUGGACAGCGAUGGCUCUGUUGCAGAGCAGGGUACUCUAGAGGAACUCAAGGCCAAUGGCGGCUACGUUGCCCUCUUGAAAGCACAGUACAAAGACCAAGCAAAUGAUGGAAAUAAUCCUCAGCAGAAGGAUGCAACAGCUGUCCUUGCUGGUCCUGAUCAAGGAAGUCACAUUGAUACUACGGCAGAAGAGUUGGCUAGAGGCAACGGGGAUUUCUCUCUUUACUUCUAUUAUUUUGGGUCCGUACAUUGGGCAUCCAGUCUUCUUUGGAUGACUUUGCUUGCGCUUGAAGGGUUAUUACCGAAAUUUAGCGAAUUGUUGGUCAAAUUCUGGGUGAGCGCGUUGGACAAGAAUGGCAGUUCUGUCAACUCUUUCUACCUAGGCCUCUAUGCCUCGGUGUCAAUCAUAGCGGUCAUUGCCCUUGUGGGUGGGGCUUACCACUUAAUCAUCUUCUUUAGCCCCCGAAGUGCUAAGACCUUACACGAACGUGUUCUCAAAGCAGUCAUGCAUGCACCCUUGUCAUUCUUCACUUCAGUUGAUACUGGCACCACCAUGAACAGGUUCAGCCAAGAUAUGACCUUGAUCGAUCAUGACCUACCAUACUCUGUCUUCGAUCUUAUCUUUUCUCUUGCGAGCGGAUUAAUGUCCGCUAUCAUGAUGUGUAUAUCGGCUCCGUACUUCGCUGCAGUGAUACCGCCGGUUUUCAUGUUUAUGUGGAUGUUGCAAAAGUUUUAUCUCCGGACGUCACGCCAAAUGCGACUCCUCGACCUCGAGGCGAAAUCACCACUUUUCUCUCAAUUUAUUGAGAGCCUAUCGGGUCUGGUGACAAUCCGUGCCUUCGGCUGGGCAUCUGUGUUCGAAGACCAGAAUCUCACUCUACUUGACGCGUCGCAGAAACCAUUCUAUUUGCUUUUCUGCAUUCAACGAUGGUUGGAACUAGUCUUGGACUUGACUGUGGCGGUGCUUGGUACGAUCCUGAUGGUUCUCGUCGUCAAGUUGAGAAGUGAAGUUGGUACUGGAUACGUCGGUCUCGCCAUCCUCAACGUCAUCACCUUCAGCCAGUCACUUUCCGAGAUUCUGCGGAACUGGGCCGAUCUUGAGACGUCUAUUGGGGCCAUCGCUCGAAUCAAAGACUUCGUCACCCAUACCGCCUCUGAAGAUAAGCCAGGCGAGAACGAGGGGCUUCAAGCUGAAGAGCUUCACCUAUCCUCUUGGCCAUCUAAGGGUGCAAUUGAGUUUAAGAAUGUCUAUGCAUCAUAUAAGACAGGCGACGACCAACCCUAUGUACUUCGCGAUCUGAACCUGUCAAUCAAGCCCGGCCAAAAAAUCGGGAUAUGUGGUCGCAGUGGCAGUGGGAAAAGCUCUCUUCUGGCGACCUUGUUCCGACUGCUGGAAAUCGACCCACAGGGCCGGGUUCUGAUUGAUGGUGUGGAUAUCGCAAAGAUCCCACGGCAGGUUACACGGACGGCUCUUAAUGCUAUCCCACAAGAGCCAUUCUUCACCCACGGAACUGUUCGUGCCAAUAUGGAUCCGUCUAAUGCGAACAAUCAUGAAGAAAUAGAGCGAGCUCUUCGUCGUGUUGAACUGUGGAAUAUCAUUGAGGCGAAAGGCGGACUCGACGCUGCUCUUGAUGCUAAUUUCUUCUCUCAUGGUCAAAGACAACUCUUUUGUCUGGCGCGAGCCUUGUUGCGCAAGAGUAAGAUUGUCGUUCUGGACGAAGUGACUAGUAAUGUGGAUGUUGUUUCCGACGCAUUGAUGCAACGGGUGAUUCGUGAAGAGUUUGCUGAUUGCACUAUCUUGGCUGUUGCUCAUCGGCUCGAGACAAUCAUUGACUUCGACCGCAUAGCCGUGAUGCAUAAUGGCGAGCUGAUUGAAUUUGAUACGCCGCAGACACUUCUCAAGACAGAUAGUGCGUUCAGGGAGCUUUAUGAGUCAUGA